GAGCCAGCAGCAGCAGCAGCAUAGGUUUUUGUGUCAUUUACAGCCAUGUCUGAAGGCAAGGCAUUGAAAGUCCGAGUGACUUUUGUUAUUAUUUUAGUUGGCGUGGCUUUAAUGUUUACAGCUGUGGUGACAGAUCAUUGGGCUGUUCUGAGUCCUAAGGUAGAAAAGUACAAUGAUACUUGUGAAGCAGCUCACUUUGGGCUGUGGCGGCUCUGCAUAAAAAGGAUCUACAUAAAAGAAGAGGAGUCAGGCAAGGAGAAGGGCUGUGGGCCAAUCAGCCUGCCAGGAGAGCACAACUGUACAUACUUCACACACUUUGCCCCUGGAGAGAACACAGACAUUUUUGAAGUUACAACACAGAGAGAAUACAGCAUUUCUGCAGCAGCCAUUGCCAUCUUCAGUGUUGGGUUUUCCAUCAUUGGAACACUUUGUGUCCUCUUAUCCUUCAGAAAAAAGAUGGAUUAUCUCCUUAAACCAGCAUCUAUGUUUUACACCUUUUCAGGCUUGUGCAUUAUUAUCUCUGUGGAAGUCAUGAGGCAGUCCAUCAAAAGGAUGAUUGACAGUGAUGACACUGUCUGGAUUGAGUACUACUACUCUUGGUCUUUUGCCUGUGCCUGUGCUUCUUUUGUCCUGCUGUUCAUCUGUGGGAUUGCUCUUCUGCUCAUCUCCUUGCCUCGCAUGCCCCAGAACCCAUGGGAGACCUGUAUGGAUGCUGAACCAGAACAUUAAGUAACUCCUUCUCAAGUUACCACUUAAGAAAUAUCAUCUGUCCCCCAAAGGUCAACUAUAUAUUGUAACAGACCUCCA